AUGGGGGAUGCACCGGUGGGGUGGGACGCGAUCUUCGACGGGACACAGAGUGCGCCUACGUCGCCAAACGCCACGCCACAGAAGCGGCCAUGGCAGAUUGACGAGCGUGAUGUGACCGAGUUUGGCGGAUUUUCGCUCGACGAUGAUGUCGAUAUUGUCGAGUGCGUCGACUGCAAGAAACCGGUCCUGCGUGAAGCGUACGAGUUCCACCAGGCAAACUGCGCGAUGGCGCGCGAUAUCGCGUCUGGGCGCCUCUCGCCAAGUGUCCUGCAGGAUGCAAAGGCCCAGGCGAUGGAUGUCGACGAAGGGCGCGACGCGCCCGAUGCCAAGGACGCGCCUGACACGCCGCGCCGCAAAAACUUUGGCGGCAAAAAGAACCGCGGGCCGAUCAACCUGGACCGGCAGUGCGGUGUGAUCAACAACAAAGGCCUGCCGUGCUCGCGCUCGCUCACUUGCAAGUCGCACAGCAUGGGCGCAAAGCGCAAUGUCCAGGGCCGGACACAGCCCUACGAUACGCUGCUCUUUGAAUGGCAAAAAGCGACCAACCCCGCGUUUGUCGCGCGCCUCGAGGAGAAGGAAAAGGCGAUUGCCGCCGCCAAGGCCGCUGCAAGUGCCUCGAAAGAAAAGAAGCGCAAGUCGAACCAGCAAGGCGACCGCGCACGCGACCCCGCCGAGCAGGAGCAUGCGCGCGGCCAUGCGAUCGACGGGGGCAACGAUAUGUACGCCGCGAAUGCCUCCUACCAGGAUGUCGAGAGCGAUAUGCGCGCCGUCCUGCAGACGAUCCACAUGUCUGCGACGCGCGACCGCACCACCAUUCUGCCUAUGGCUGUACGGGGCUUUGCGGGGCAGUACACGACGCGCACCAAGCGCUUCCGUGUCCUGCGCCAGUUUCUUGCGCAGGGUCUCAGUGGCACUGCGCAUAUGCGCGCGCGCCGCUCCGAGGCCGAGACGAAGCCGUAG